AUGGCAGGAGGGUUAGGUGAAGCAGCAAGUAUCGCUGGCCUGAUCAGUCUUGCUGGACAAACUAUUCAAGCAACCUCAAAGCUCUACACAUUCUGUCAGACUUAUAAAAACAUCAACGCUCGGUUGGAACAGACCAGGAUAGAGAUUCAAGGCCUACGGAUUAUCCUACAGCAAACCGAAACGAUUACUAGUGAUGCAACUGCGAGUACUUUGGUAUCUUCCGAUAUAGUAGCGAAUUUGAAAGCUCGAAUCACCGACUGUCGAACCGAUUUGGAGAAUUGGACUCAGAAAGUGGACUCCUUCGGCUUAGAUGAAGCCCAACGUGCGAAGCGGAUUUUGACAAAGAUCAAGUUAUCUGUAAACAAAGCCUUCUUUGCGAUGAUUCGAGAGCAACUGUGUUUUCACAGAACGCAGAUUGAUUUAUCUUUAGGACUACUUGGGCUUGGUGUUGGCUUGCACUGUAACCUCCAAUCGAGAGCUGCUAAAGAUGGUAUUGACGCUUUACAAACAAAGCAGAACACGUUCCAAGUUGGAACCUUUGGGCGCCUAGAUACUGUCGGAGAAGAUGUGCGUCGAUUUCGAUCAACCCAAUCGGCCUCGGUUGAAGUAAUGCACGACAUGAUUGCAGGUAUUCAUCAAUCCUACAAAAGUAAUGCAGGUGUUUCCAAAGCAUCUAUUGAUGCCAUUGACGCGCGACUAAAUAUGAUCCAGGAGCAGCUCCAAAGCUCCAUCGAUCAAUCUCAAUCAUCAAUAAACCGUCAUCGCUUCAACAACCCUCAAAAGCCUCUCAGAGGAUCUACUUCAUACGGAGCCCGUAAAUUCGACCCCGCUAGUUUCACACCUGGUGAAGUGUCACAUCUCUCGCUGCCGCCAUCGCCGGUCUUACAUCCGCUACGUAUCAUCAAGCCUGGUCUUUUGCUGCAGGACAAGAAAGGUCGGUUGACAGUUGAAUUGGUCGCUCUAGACGAACCUCAAUAUAGGCUGGCUGAUAUCAACCAGAAGAUUGCGUUGAUCGAACACGUUAAAGGCCUUCGGCUCAUCAUCUGGCUCCUACAAAAACGAAAUUUCUUUCCAGAGGUAGAACUCUCUUCAAGAAGGAUCGCGGCAUCUAAUUUCGCUUUAGAAGCGUCGCUGGCUUGGAAAUGGAAGCUUCCUGAUGCUUUCUCUACUCCAAAGCCUAAUCUGAAAGAAUAUAAUAUUUGCAUCAACAUCGACACAGUCAUUCCAUGGACUCGCCACAGACCACGGCUUCAAUAUAUUUUCGAUCAGAUUGAAGGAAGACGAAAUCGUGGCGGUUGCCCCUGCUUGAUAACGGAAAAACUCCUCCGUCGCUGGUCGCGAUUUCCUGUGUCUGAAGAGAGGAAGCAUGGGUCCUACUUAAUGAGAUUGCCAUCGUCAAUAUUGAAAAGCCUAAUGUUGUCGGUGCCGGGUUCUAGAUACAAGGCGUUGAUGAUGUCUUGUGGAGCUGGCUUUUUGCCAAAAGCAGAGGAGUGGGGACAAGGAAUAUCAGAAGAAGGAAUUCAGUCUUUACAACCACGAGAAGGGGUUCACGCCGCCUGGUAA